AUGCUUCCUUUAGAUCUUUCACCUCAUUUACAUACAGAUGAAUGCAACUUUUUGAUUCGUCUAUAUAAGGAAUGUGAGCAAAAUAUGCCCUUUUUUAAGCGAGUUGUUUUGCAAGAAUGUGAUCAAUGGAAAAUUGCAGCUGCUCACUGCCUUAAGCAAGAAAGGAUUUAUAGAAGGUUAUACUUUGUUGGUUUAUUUUUAUUUGUUUUUUUUUUCAGAGAUACUAAUCCCAAAUAUGCUAAACGGCUUGUUGAGCAUCGCCGAUUGCCUGAGGAUAGAUAUACACCUACCUUAAAAAGGUUAAAAGAAGAAGGAAAAUUAAAUCUUGAUGAAGAAUGUUCUUGUAGGCGUUGA